GUGAGUAAGUGCACGGCGGGUGGUCAGCUGUGAUCGGCAACGGUUUCCCCUCACCGGGACGCCCGGUGAGGGGAAAAUCACCUGGUGGGAUGACAGAGUGAAGUAUAUUCAUCUUGAAAACCAUUUUUUGUUUUUAGCCAUUCCUCUUCAAUGGUGAAAUGGGUUGAUCUGCGAUUCAUCUUCAAUCCUUCUCGUAUGAAAUAUUUGGCGAAACGGUUGCAGAGAGAUCAACUGUUUUGCGGUUCGUAUUCAUGUUGAGGUGUCAUGCUUUCGCAGGCAGCAGUCGGUGCUUCCGGGGAAACACUGAUAUUAGAUGCAAACAUUGUUCUCAAUCUAAAGUGAUAUCCUACGUGCUAUGGAGGUUAUUCUACAAGACAACAGGCACGCUGUUAACACAAACACGGAGCGGAUGGCCACAACUAUACCCAAUGAGACGCAUAUACGUCUGAACAGACACGCAUGGCAUCGAGGAAGCAUUUCCAGCCCGGAAAAGAGUUCGACAGGAGAAGACGCUUGUAAACAAACCCAAAGCUAAACAGAUAUUCUGAACACAACAAUUGUGUAUAUCGUAAGUCGUAUUGUAAGUCAAUUAUUGAUUUGAUAAAGUCCGUUUCACCCAUCAACGCCUCCUGUCCGGAGUGGGGUGGCGUACAAGAUCAUUUUCUCCAUAGAGACUCGAAGAUUGGAGCCACUUGUUUUGAUCGUAUAAAUAGCUGAACGGGAAUUGACCAUGUUCACCUGUGCUCUAGUCGCUGCCUUUUGGCUUUUGAUGGUGGCACCGAUUGAUCAGAUCCACGGAUCCCCUACCGGAGCACCGACUGCUGCCUGCGAAAGCAUGACACCUAACCAUGGAUACGAUGGGCAAAACAGUUCGUCUCCCUUCAAUACUGAGCUUCCGGCCGGAAUGAUUGCCUACAUGGAUGAUCCUGUGCAUCUGGAACUUCGUGCUUCCUCUGGAACGUACUUCAAAGGUUUUCUUAUAAUGGCGUUUGAUAAGAACGAUAAUUCUGCCACUCCCAGGCCGAUUGGUACCUUCAAACUGAUCGAAGGUAGUGAUGGUCAACUGAAGAACUGCGGCACUGGCACAAUGAACGCAGUCACGCAUACGAAUAACAUCGGGAAGAAUUUGGUGAGGGUCGACUGGCAACCACCGAAAUAUUACAUGGGCACGGCCGUUUUCAGGACCACUUACGUCCAAGAUGUUAGCACGUUUUGGGUCAAGACGGAAUCCAUAACUGUGACGUUCGUGAUGCCGGACGGAAGCACCCACGAUCCUAUGACGACUAUGAGAGCCGAUAAAAUGCGAUUCCUUUUGUAAUGCACAUUUUACCUGAGCUGGCAAAAUACAAUUAUGAAUA